AUGUGUAGACUUCAUUUAGAAAGUGAAUACGGUGCGGAUCUAGCAUCAUCUAUGUCUUCACCAUUUUAUUACAAACAGGUUGAGUAUACAGAUAAGAAAGGAAAAAAGAAAACAAAAAUAGAUCCCUUAGCUGCGCCAGUACUCUACGCAAAACUUAUUUACUCAGAAAAAUCUAAGAAAAUUCUUUCUUUGUUUAAGACAAAGGGAAAUAAAGAUUUCAAUCCUUUUAAAUAUAUUGAUCAGUAUUGCAAUGUUAAAAUGGCUUUGAUUAUCGAAGAAAUAUUUAUUAGUAAGACUGUUACAUCUUUACAAAUAAAAGUACAUGAGUGUUAUAUUAAACCAUUAAAACCUCGCGAGUCUUUACUAACAAUUGAAGAGGAAGAUGAGGAGAGAGAGCAAAGCGAUAUUGAAGAGAAUAACGAAAGUGAUGAUGUUAAUAUUGAAGAAGAGGAAGUAAUUGAGUGA